CAACAGCAGGCUGCACCAGUGGAGGGAGAAGCUCGAGAAGAGAGGGUCGUGGCUUUGUAUGACUUCCAGGCUCGCAGCCCCCGAGAAGUCACCAUGAAGAAAGAUGAUGUCUUAACUCUACUCAGCUCCAUCAAUAAGGACUGGUGGAAGGUUGAAGCUGAUGAUCACCAGGGUUUUGUCCCAGCUGUCUAUGUCAGGAAACUGGCUCAUGAUGAGUUCCCGAUGCUCCCACUGCGGCAGCGAGAAGAGCCAGACAACAUCACCCAGCGCCAGGAGCAGAUUGAGAACCAGUACCUCUCCCUCCUGGAUCGGGCAGAAGAACGCAGGCGUCGUCUACUGCAACGUUACAAUGAAUUUUUGUUGGCCUAUGAGACAGGAGACAUGCUGGACUGGAUUAGAGUGAAAAAGGCAGAAAACACUGGCGUGGAACUGGAUGAUGUUUGGGAGUUACAGAAAAAGUUUGAUGAGUUUCAAACGGAUUUGAAGACCAAUGAGCCUCGGCUAAGGGAUAUCAACAAGGUAGCUGAUGAUCUGCUGUUUGAACAACUUCUAACACCAGAAGGAGCUCAAAUCCAGCAGGAAUUGAAUGCCCGCUGGGGCUCCUUGCAAAGGCUUGCAGAUGAACAGAGGCAGCUGCUUGGCAGUGCACAUGCUGUCCAGAUGUUUCACAGAGAAGCAGAUGACACAAAGGAGCAGAUUGAGAAGAAGUGUGAGGCCCUCAGUGCUGCAGACCCUGGCUCAGACUUGUUCAGUGUUCAGGCCCUUCAGCGACAGCAUGAGGGCUUUGAGAGAGACCUCGUCCCCCUGGGAGAAAAGGUGGCCAUACUGGGGGAGACAGCAGAACGACUCAGUGAGUCCCAUCCUGACGCCACCGAGGACCUUCAGCGACAGCGAGUGGAGCUGAAUGAGGCCUGGGAUGACCUGCGGGAGCGUACAGAGGAUCGUAAAGAGAGUCUGAAUGAGGCUCAGAAAUUCUACCUGUUCCUCAGCAAGGCCAG